AAUCUUACCGGCGGAACGGACGAUACGGUACGACGAUUAGAAGAAAAAGCAUCGAUUUAUUUAUUAGACUCGAUAAAUCAUCGUAUACCUUUUUUUCUUUUAACAACAAUAUAAUUACAUAAUUGGAUUAGUGAUAAGUGAGAAGUGCCAGUGCCGAAAUCGGAUCACGUGUGUAAACUCGAAUAAAAGUAAAAAAAGCUCACGAUCGAAAUAUCUAACUAUCUCUAACUAUCUCUAACUAGGUAAAAAAAAAUAGAUUGAUAAAAGAUUUAUUUUCUUCAAAUUAUAUGAGCGAUUUUCAAAUUGAUAACAAUAUUAUUUAAUUGUUUACAAAAUUGGAAGUUAUCAAAGUCGAUUAAAAUAUAGAGAUAUAAUAAAACGAGAAACGAUAUCGAGUGAAUAGAAAUAAGAUAUUCUAAUUUGAUAGCUCGAUCGAGGAUAUACUUAGACUGGAGCUGUAUUUGCCAUACGCACCACUGCCGGGGGGUGGUGAAAUCCUCCCGGCAGUGAGCACGGGUGCUGCUUCAGGUGGCUGUCGUCCGGUGCUAUUGGGUGGCAUCGAUUUGUCGAUGUCGGCAGCGGUGGAACCGGUUCCGACGCUACCAACGCUACCGACGAGCGGACUACCAGCUCACAAUCCUCUCCAUCAUCCGCCCGGAGGUCUGGCCUUGCCACCCUUGGCUUCGGCCUCAGUUAUGAUGCCACGUCCACCACCGGGUACCACCAUGCCACCUCUUGGUCCAUCCUCUUUGCCGCAGGCUCAUCAAGAUACCGGAGACCUAGCGGACACUCCGCCCAAUCCUGACGUCCUCUUAGCUCUUCUAGCCAGGAAUAAAAACUUGGAAGCCUCAAUACCGAAAUGUGGUGGUUGCCAGGAAGCAAUCUUGGAUAGGUAUGUGUUGAAGGUCCUAGAAAGGUGUUGGCACGCGAGAUGUCUGACCUGUCGAGAUUGUGGAGCAAGACUAACGGACAAAUGCUUCGCGAGAAACGGCCAUGUCUUUUGCAAGGACGAUUUCUUCAAGUGUGGCAGGCGUUUUGGGACGAAAUGCGCGGGCUGCGGCCAAGGGUUGGCACCAUCGCAAGUGGUAAGGAGAGCGCAGGAGUUGGUGUAUCAUCUGACGUGUUUCUCCUGCGCACUCUGCUCGCGACAAUUGGACACCGGGGAUGAAUUUUACCUCAUGGAGGAUAGAAAACUCGUCUGCAAGCCGGACUACGAACAGGCAAAGGCAAAAGAGCUGGCCGACGGCGGUAGCAUCGAUGGAGAUCAACCGAACAAGAGGCCGCGAACGACGAUCACGGCGAAACAAUUGGAGACCUUGAAAUUGGCGUACAAUACUAGUCCAAAACCAGCGAGACAUGUUCGAGAACAGCUCUCGCAGGACACAGGUCUGGAUAUGCGUGUCGUCCAGGUGUGGUUUCAAAACAGGAGAGCAAAGGAGAAGAGACUGAAGAAGGACGCCGGUAGGACAAGAUGGUCGCAGUAUUUUCGAAGUAUGAAAGGGACAAGUGCUGGUGGACAUUCGCCUAGGCACGACAAAUUACUCGACAAGGACGAACUUAAAGUUGAUUUGGAUUCGACCUUCGGCCAUCACGAUUUGAGUAACGAUAGUUACGGAACGGUCGUAAAUAUGGGAUUAGAUGGAGAAGGUGCGAGUCCAGGUGGUGGUGGAAAUAGUGGUAGCGGUGGACCACCUCGUAGUUAUUUAGGUGCAACGACACCACCUUAUCUAUCGACAUCCAGAUCGCCGUCCUUACCACCACAAUUUCCAUACCCACCGGAUGCAGGUCUUUCAGUAUACACUACUCUCGGAGGUCCAGGAGGUAUGGUACCAGGACCUGCAUCGGAUCUUAGCAACGAAUCGAGCGGGGGUGGUGGUGGUGGCGGUGGUGGUGGCGGCGGUGGUUACCCCGACUUUCCACCCUCACCGGAUUCCUGGCUUGGAGAGCCACCCUCGCACGCUCAUCACCACUCACAUUACGCCACAUAACCCGCCAAAGCCGAACGAAAUCGAAUACCGUCUAAAAUAAUGCAACGCUACGGAACACUUACCUGACGACAGACUCUCCUUGAGAUUAUGACAAAUAAGAAGAAUCGCGUGUCCUCGGAUCUCUUCCGUUAGGGUCGUCGUUGUUGUCGUCGUCAUCGUCGUUCUAGCCGAUUACACAUUUACGUCAAUAUACUUACGACAAGUAACUACGCGUUGCGAUUUAUUCGAAUUCAUUUAUGUACAAAUUCUAUAUUGCCUCGAAACGAAAGGGUAAUAAAAAAAAUAAGGCGCGAAAUUGAAAAACAGAACGGUUUGAAAAUUACGAAAUGAGUUCAAGAAAGACGCUCGAGUAAUACAAUAAAUCGAAUGUAAAUUUUGGCUAAUGAUAGUAAUUUAAACGAAAAGUUAUUAUCGGUAAUUCGGUAUCAUUCUAAUUAUUUAUUUGAUACUAUUAUGACUUUGUUUCAAUCGAGACUUCAAAAUAUAUUCGUGACUUCGGUCUAUUCGAAAGCAUCGCAUGAACGAUGAAAAAAUUUUAUGAAUGCACCGUUCUUUCUCGCGCCAAUAAUUGAAAGAUUUCUAUAAUGAAAGACAGUAAUGAAUCUUAUCGUAAUAAUCGCGAUCGACGUUCUCUUAUUUCGUGUGUAUAUUUGACGUCAUAUAAGUAUUAUUUAUAUGUAAAAUAUAAAAAUGUAAGAGUAUCGAACGAUGAAGUACUUGAAAAAAAAAAAGAAAGAAAAAACAAAUGGAAUUCAAGUACGAAAUCUUAACGAUCUAUAGCUUGACUCUCUCAUGAUCAAUCAAACUCUAUCUUAAGACGUUUUAACGUUGGUUUUUUCCAUUCAAACAAAUGCGAAAAAGUGAAGCGUCCCUACCACCAAUCGCGUACGAUCUAAUGACAACACGACGGAAAUCAAAGGCGACUCAUCGCGAGUGUAUUAAAUUCGACUCGUGAUAAAUGAAUUUCGGCGUAAUAUUUCGGGAGAUGUAAUCUGGAAAUUCCAGCAUCGAUGAACUGUCGCGUAAGUAACGUACACGAACAUGCACGGACGUAUCUAUUUAUCUAUCGUUAUCGAGCCGGUAGCUCUUUCAAGGUAUUGAUCGUGUAUAACUAUCGAAGUCAGCUUUCGUGGAAAUUCUUGCGUAGCUCGAAGUCUCAUAAACUUGAAAGAGAAAGAAAACUCGCGUAGCCAUAUUUUGUGACUAUUCGAAUGGAAUAGUCCAAAUAUAUUAUGGAAUAUUUUCUUUCUGUUUGACGAUAUAAUUAGAAAAAAAAAAAAUUUAUAUCUUUUGGUAACCUAAUCUGUCUAUUUUGAAAGAUAUUUUAACAUUCAAUAUUUUUAUCGAAAUAGAAAACGAUCGAUACUUUUACUUAUAGAUACCAUUUCUUAAUAGAUACGUCUUUAUUUCCCCCGAAGUAUCUGUUUAGUUGUUAUAUUUAAUAUCGUGUGUUCCGUAUAAGUGAUAAAUUUUUAAUUGAAUCUUCUGCCCAAAUUUCUGAUUGACAUGGGGCUAGUAAUUUGAUUUUUUUCUAUGAAAUAUUUCAAGCAGAAAUAAUUGAAAUAUUCUUACUGCGUUUUAAGAAGACACAUUGAUUACAAAUUCUAGAAGAUUAAAUUCAGAAAAAAACUGUAGUUAUCUUCGUACGAGUGUCGUAUAAAUGAUUAAUAAUUUUCUUUAAAAGAUAAAUAUUAUAAAUCGAUGUCCGAUUAACAAAUGAAGUAUUAAUUCUAAUGAGAAUUUGUAAUCAAAAGUAAAACACGAUUCAUAGGUGAAGAUAUGUGUUUUACAAAAGAUAUACUUUUCUGAGAAUCAAUGAGCACAAUUAUUUCACCAUACGGAUUAUCUCUUAAUCGUUUACACUUUUCAAAAGUUAGAACGUUUAGUCAUUUCAUUUACAUAAAAUAGUACAAAGGAUAUAUUCCAUGAUCAAAGUUAUUAUUUUCUAAGUAUCUAAAUCAUAAAUACAAGAGUCGAUAAUGCAGAUCCCUUCGUUGAUACUUGUAAUAAAAUCAAAUUUUACUUGUUCGCAAAAAUUUGCGAUCGAUCGAUCAUACUGGAACAAAACAGAUUGAACAAAUCGUGAUAAUCAAAAUUGCAAUUAGUUUAUAGAAAGUGAAAAUCGAAAAUAUGUACAUGAUCAAAAUAAUUGUUCUGGUUUCGAUCGAUAAUGAAUAAUAUAUCGAAAAAUAAAAUCCGGCGAAUGAUAUAAACAACUUUUCGUUCCUUCUGGUUUAUUUCAAAUUUUAUACACGUUCUUCGAGAAAAACAAAGAAACAAAGGGAGAUAGAGAAAGAGAAUGAACAAAAAUAAAAAUACACAGAUGAAUUUUAUUGUGCACAUAGAUAAGGUGCGAUAAUGUUGCGAAUCAAAGGAAAAAAAAAAAAA